GGCUUGUUUUUGUUUGUUUUGCUACUUUGUUUUUCUUCCAACGAACUUGUGUGUUGAGAUACAAAUUUACGAAUGUGAAUACGAGUUACGAUUUUACCAAUUGAACGAUAACAUAUUCUGAGGUCGAAUUCAUUAUGAAGUGCGAAAAAGCACUGGACAGGAUGGGUUCUACCAAAUCGCACCGAUCGCGAAAAUCCUCCUCGAUGUCCAGAAAACUCCUAGCUGCUAGUAUUUGUCUUGCUAUGCUUCCUAUUGCAGAUGCCCAUACAUACUAUCGCAACAGAGCUACCUGGAAACCAAAUUGGGACCCUAAUCGACCUGUUCGGAAAGGUCCUCCUAAGAAGAGAGAUGGCGCAAUUCCACUGGUGGUGAGCAACAUGUGUCCUGAAACGAUAUGGCCUGGAAUUGGUACUCAAGCAGGAACUGGUGCUGGAGUAGGAGGAUUUGCUCUUCAAACUGGAGAGAGUAAGUCCUUGACAGUCAGUGCUGACUGGCAAGGAAGAAUUUGGGGACGCACCAAUUGUAGUUUUGCGGUUGGAGGUGGUGGAGCUAGUAAUGCUGCCGGGAAUGAUGGUUCUGGUUCUGCUUGUGUUACUGGCGAUUGUGGUGGUCUCUUGGAUUGUUCUAUUACUGGCGAGACUCCGGUCACUCUAGCGGAGUUUGAUUUGGCAGGAAACGGAGGUUCUCAGACUUUCUAUGAUAUUUCUCUAGUGGAUGGCUACAAUAUCCCCAUGGGAAUUGUAUACAUUCCCGGUGACAAUCCCGCACUCCAAGCCAUUCCACCAAACCUUGUAAAUGCCGCUUGUAUUGCCUCGACCGGUUACCUCGCGUCCCCAGCUGUCACAGGUACAAACGGCAACUCCUCAAAUUCUACAUAUCCUAUUCCGCUAGAGGGCAAAGUUACCAACGACGCAGCUAUGAGUUGGUGUCCGUGGAAUCUUCAAAAGACGCCACCCGACAAACCAGGUGAUGGCGUCUAUCCUUACCCAGACGACAACAUCCAACGUCCAACAUUCGACCCCUGUCUUUCCGCUUGUGCUAAAGAUAACAAACCGUCGGAUUGCUGCACAGGUGCUUAUGAUCAACCUCAAUUAUGCCCUCGUAAUGACUUCGCAAAUGCGGCAAAUGCUAUCUGCCCAGAUGCAUAUGGUUAUCCGUUUGAUGAUCAAACAUCUACGUUCAUCAUCCCGACGGGAGGUGGAUGGGAAAUUGUGUUUUGUCCAGUAGGAAGGAGUACGAAUAUUUUGAAGGUACUAGGGGAUCAGAUGAGGAAAAUUGCUAGCGCGGGGAAAGUUACAAAGGAUAUUAUUGAGACCGCGAUGAACGAGACGUAUAUUAAUGAAAUGGCGGUAAAGAGUACGGCCGGAGAGGGAUUGUCGGAGAAAGCGAAAUUGGGGAGCUGGGGGGCGUUGGUGGGAGUGCUGGUUUGGGGGAUUUGGUUGUGUUGAUGAUGGAAGGGGGGAGUGUAUAAAUUGGAUUAGUUUUGAUUGAAUGAUUGGACAGGGGGGAUGAGGAUAAAGGUCGAGUGAAGUUGGGGAAUAAAGUGGAGAGGGGAAGAUGGGAGAUGGGGAGUUCAUGUUAUGUGGCGUUGAGAUACCCUUAUUGUUGUGUAAUGGCUUUUUAUUAAUCUGCUUUCGUCUGGUGGGUGGAUGGUAUAAGAUGAGAAGAGGAGUUGGCAUGAGAAGCUGAGAUGAGUGACGUACCUGAGUUUUCUUAUGAUACCUUUACCUAUUAGAUACCUAUUAUAUCAUAUAUUCCCAUGCGUUUACAGUUCUAACAAUCCCUCGAGUCUGACGACCAAAAAACUAGACUUCCAAUAAUAAGGAUUGAGUAAAUGUAACAUGAAAAAUACCCAAUCAUCCAAUCAUCCAAUCGUCCAAUCUAUACCUGAUGAUCGAUGCGGGUACGAGGGAAAAGGGAAAAGCGGUUAUCGGCAGGGGGCCGCGUUUCCGCGUCUAAUGAAUUUGAUUGGCUGGUAGGUGGUAGGGGGGGUAGGGGGAUUUUGAUGGAUUGGGUUGGAUGGGUUGGAUGGUUUGGUUUGGUAUAGUAUGGUAAGGUCUAUGUGUUUGAGAUUCUGUAAGGAGUACGGGAUGGGAUGGGGAAUGCGUGAACGAAUGAGAUGAGAAGAGAUGAGAUGAGAAGAGAGGAGAUGAGAGGAGAAGAGAGAAGAUCUGGGAUUGUGUGUGUAGGUUUGAAGUGUGAGGGAGGAAAAAGAGAGAAGAGAGGAGUUGAGAGAGAGAGAAAAAGAGAAAGCGAGGGUUGUUUUGGUGGGGGGGGUUAGACUUUAGGGUUUAGAUUUUAAGCGCUGGGGCUGGGAUGAGUGAGUGAGUGAGUGAGUGAGUGAGUAAGGAAAAGAGGGGUGGAAAGUACGGAGUAGGGCUUUUGUUUUGUUUUCUUUGUGUGCGGAUGGAAUGGGAUGGGAUGGGAUAGCA